AUGGUUCAUCCUGGCAACGAUCUCCAGAUCAGACGAUCGGUUAUUCGAUGCACUCCUCCCUUUCCCCCCUUUCAAUUGUCUGAUCCCAACGGUUUGGCUUUGGAGACGCAAUCUCACCUAAUGAUUGCGCCGUCCCAGAAUUCGGAGUCGUCCUUGAACACAGUAUCUGCUCACCCGGCCGUUGCCGAGGGGGUGUAG